GGGAUUUCAAGGUCUGCUAGCCUAUGGAAGUGAAAAUGUUGUCGUUGUCGUUGAACCAAAGAUUGUGCAGGUGAUCCAAGCUUUGGAAAAGCACAGAAGCCCUGUUGUAAAGGUAAAAUGGGCACGGGAAAACUAUUGCCAUGACAUCGCAUCGCCUUACACCCUACGGUUAGCAUCUGCUGACACUAGCGGUCAUAUCCUGGUGUGGGAUGUUGCUGCUGCUACGACUAGAGCAAGUUUUUCCGAUGGUGGGAGACCUAUUCAGGAUAUGGAGUGGCUAAGUCAACAGGACACGUCCCAUGAUCUGCUGGCUGUGCUGCACCCUCCUUACUCGCUGGUUCUGUGGAACGCCGACACGGGCACUAAAAUCUGGAAGAAGACAUACACUGAACCACUACUGAGUGUCUCCUUUGAUCCAUUUGAUGCUGCAAACGUCGCGUUCCUGGGCCAGGAUUGCAUCCUCCUGGUUGAAGACUUCUCCUGCCACAAGGUGCCAUCAUCAAAUGGCAGGAAAUUCUACAUCAGCAACAGCAACGCCGGCGUGUCGGGGAGCGCCAGCACGGGCAGCCUCGGUAGCCAUGGCAACGGGUCUGCCGGCGGCACGUCCGCGCUGGUGUCGGCGGCCGAGCGCAGAGCCGGUGCUAGACAGAUGAUACGUAACAAGGUCAAGAUGCUGGUCAUGCAGGAGGGUAAACACAGUAAGAUUGAAGAUGCAGGAGCCGUGAUGCUGACCGAUUGCCUACAGCUGGCCUACCACCCCGCGUGGCGACACUGCUUGCUGCUUGUCUACCCACGCGAAGUGCUGCUAGUAGAUCUCCACGUGAAGCAGACGGUGGGAAUCAUCCCAAUGGAGAGAACCGGCUCGCCUUUCGUGCAGGUGUUCCCGUGCCGACAGAGAGACGUUCUUGUGUGCCUGCACGAAAACGGCGCCAUAACGGUACGAGUGCGGAAAAUUUUUGCCAGUCCCGCGCCGACGCCGAAUGAACCAGGUUCGCCGUACAUGCAGAUAGGCGAGUCUAACGUCGACGUCGUGUAUGAGCUACGCUGUCAGUCCGAUCCAAUGAGGCUCAGCAAGCAGUCCCGCGUCUUCAGCGUGUCCGCGUGCCCCAUCUCGGAGAACAAGUUCGCGCUGUUGCUAGGCGACGGACGCCUGUUGUUGUGGGAGCUGAAGACAGUUGAGCAUGCAUUCGCUCCGCACGUUUACAACCAACUGCCAAUGUCGCCGCUGCACACGCCGGGUCACAGGGGCCCUGUAGAUAGCGCCACCUAUCCGGCUGAUUGGACGUUCCCCUAUAAGUGCAACGUGGCUGGGCCACAAGCCACCAUUGCCGAUAUGAUCGCUCCAUCCAACAACACCGCCGUAGAGGGCAGCACCGGUAGUCGACAUGAUGUUUGCUUCAAGUUCUUGUUGGUUGGUAUGUUAUCUGGUGCAGCAAGUCCUGUCACAGUACUGCGCAUGUGUCCCCCCUUGACGACAAAGAACUGGAAUGUGUACAAGCCACUGCUGGCUGCAGGUACAAUGUGUGGAUCUGUUCAGGUGUUCAACCUGUCUACAGGUACACUAUGGAAGGAGUUCAGUAUUCACACCUGUGCUAUCAGAGGAAUUGAAUGGGUGAGUUUGACUGGCUUUCUGAGUUACGCCUACCCGACACCAGGUGGAAACAGUGGUCUCAUAAAGAAUGAACUACUUCUCGUAGACAUCAAUACAGGGCGUACGCGUCUGCUUCGCGGUGACAAGGGUGUGGAUGAAUCGCCGAUGGAGCUGGUGCGCGUCUCCUAUCUGAAGCAGUACGUCUGCGUCGUCUUCAAGGACAACCCGAUGGAGCUGUGGGAUCUACGCAGCUUCACGCUGCUGAGACAGAUGCCUCGCAGCUUUCCCGUUAUUACUGCCUUGGAGUGGUCGCCCUCGGCUAGCGUAAAGAACCUCAAGCGACGGCAUGAGUCUCAGGAGAGUGCGGACAGCGUCGGCAGGGAGCAGACGACCGAGCAAGGAUCGCCGGCUAGCGCAAUGGACGCCGCUAACAGACAGGAGGGAAAGCCCCCUGGUGCAGCCAAGGAGCACUUUGUGUUUACCGACAAUGAUGGACAGCUGUAUCAUUUUGUGGUGGAAGGGUCAAUGGUGAAGGAAGGAUCGAAAAUACCAGCAGAUGCCAGCAUGGGCAGUAUUACCUGCAUUGCGUGGAAGGGAGACAUGAUGGUGCUGGCAGAUGUUGAUGGAAACCUUAGCAUCUGGGACCUAAAGAAUCGCAUCUCCAGGGCCAUACCUACGGACCGAGGCUGGAUCAAGAAGGUCAGGUUUGCUCCUGGAAGGGGCAACAUGAAGCUGGUGAUUCUCUACAAUGAUGGUGUCGAUGUCUGGGAUGCCAAAGACGUGGAGCUAGUGAGCUCGAUAAAGACUCCGAAGGACCUGCCGAAGCUGCAUGACAUAGAAUGGGCGGCGUCCGACAGACCCAUGCUCUCGUCGGAGGACGGCUGCAUCCGCGUACUGGACCUUCUCAUGCGCAGCUCCUGCUCACCAAUACAACACCAUGACACCGUAGAGCCGAUAUUUUCGCCGUAUCUGCUGCCGGGCCGCGCGUCGCUCAGCCUCCAGUAUCACCUGCAGCAUCAGCCGUGGCGCGACGAGUACUCGCUGACGAUGACCGACCUCGUCGACACCGCCGAGGAGUUCACGCAGCGCCUCGUCAACGAACAGGUGGACGUUCUAGACAGGGAUGUGAGAAGCUAUCUUCCCAGCUGCCGAUUCGGUGUCGCCGAACGCUGCCUGACGGUUGGACGUCUGUUUGGUGAUGAAUCGGAAAUCUAUUUUUGGACGGUGGCACUGUAUUAUCUGCGGGCAGAGAAAGCACGGCCAAUGUCCAAGAGCGACAGUUUUGCGAAGCGGCAGCAGGGGCACGGCGAUGUGUUUGUGCCGCGAGGUGGCACCACCGUGCACGAGGUGCAGGACCUGGUUGAGUUGGACAACAAGCAGCGCAGCGAGGCGGAGGAGACGGACAAGCUGUGGGAAGCUCUGCGUGGUCCAGCCCUCGACCGCUGCUGGGACAUCCUCACAGAUGGCGCCACGUUUCAGAAGAACAACCACGAGCAGCUGGCUCUGCACGAGAGCAAGCGGACGUCGUAUGAGCUGACGCAGCAGUGUGUGGAGGAGAUGGUACUGCUGGGGCAGGGUGACCGCGCCGUACAUAUGCUGCUGGAGACGGACGCAGACAGCGAGGCCUACUACGCAGACUGCCUCAGGGCAUGUUUAGUUGCAACUAUCCGAUCAUCGGGAGCUAGCCAGAGCACCAUAAAGCUGGUUGCCACUAAUCUGAUCGCAAAUGGCAAAUUGUCAGAGGGCAUCCAGUUGCUGUGUCUGAUAGAUAAGGGCAUGGAUGCUUGCCGCUACUUGCAAUCAUACGGAAAGUGGAACAUGGCAGCAUGGCUAGCCAAGAGCACAUUGGACUAUAGUGAGUGUUUGGAAGUGUUCAAACGAUGGGUGGAACACCUAUGUAUACCUACUGUCAACCUUAAGUCUAAGGCAGUAUUAAUUCUACUGUCACUGGGACAGUUUAACAAGGUCAUUGAGAUGCUGUACAGUAUGCGACAGUUCAGGCGUGCGGCCCUGUUCAUCGAAGCAUGCCUGGAGUUUGAAGUGCUGAACAUUUCGUCAGAUAAUGAUGCUCUGAUAGAGGCUGUGUACCUGGAGUAUGGGCGUUACCUGUCUAACCUUGGAAACAAGACGGCAGCGGUACACUACUGUGGAAAAGCUGGAGAUAAGGGACAACAGCUGCGCAAGGAGCUAGAUAUACUGUUUGAGCAAUAGAGACAGAGACAGAAGACUUGAACUGUGAAGCUACAUAUAUGGCAGCUUUGUAUUGAGGCUGUGGGGGAAAUAUUCGCACAAAAAUGGUGCUUUCCUGCUCUAUGCUAUGUGAAUAUAUAUAGCAAGUGUAUGACAAACGUAUAUAUAUAGUUGGUAUUGCAAGUAAUGUGCAUUAACUUAUAUUACGUACAUUACUAUCUUUUUGCACGGCGAAUGCUUGUCUGUGCAUUCAAAAUAAAGUUGGUUCUGCCACUUAGAAACUAUUGCAUGCUCAGAGAGUAAUUAGUUGUGAAGAUUUGCUCCAUAUAGGUUACAGUAUAUCUAUCUAUACCAUAUGAUAUCUGUAUUGAACACUACAUUUUGAAUACAUAUUGAAUGCUCUUAGCAUUCUUCAGUAUUCUCUAAGACGUCAUACAGUACCUAAUUUUAUUAUUGGAUAUACGUGUAUUAUAUGUUAUAAAAGCCUACCCAUAUUGCUGUAGGUUGCUGCAACUAUUGUACUAGAGAUUUCCCCCAGAACGUUUUCAGGUUUUACCUACUCUGAAGCAAGGUAGUGCUGAUUAUAGCAAAUGGAUAACAUCAGAACUGGAUAGUAUUACAUUCCAACUAUUUUAAGAAAAUCUUCAUGUAUAUGUCCUAAAUGAAUAGUCAGGCUUCCAGGUGCGUUAUCAAAAAAUGUGAUCAAUGUAAACAUUAAUUCUUGUAUAAUGUGAGCAUGUGCAAGUUCAAAGAACAUGCCUUUUCUGUGAUUAACUAAAUAUACGAGUCAUUUGUGGCAGAUUGAUGUACAUCUUUAAUGUGGUCCACAAAACCUUUGUCUGUUUGUAUUGAAUUCUCUGAGGUGCAGUGCUGUGAAUAUGUCUGUUACUGUUAGUGUCCAAAUUGUAUAUGAAAAUUGUAAGGUAUCUCUUAAACUAAUAUGAAACGUACAUCCAUGAUACUCUCGCUAUCUGAAAUAAAUUAUUGAUUGUCUUUAACAGCUUA